AUGGAUUAUACCCUCAAGCCCAAUGCAACAGCAAUGACUGAUUACUACUAUCCUGAUCUCUUCCCAAGCCCCUGUGAUGGGGGACUCAACAUCAGGAACAGCAAGUUGCUUCUUGUCAUUAUUUACUGCCUCCUGUUCAUCUUUGGUCUUUUGGGAAAUGGCCUAGUCAUCUUGAUCCUCGUGUCCUGCAAGAAGCUGAGGAGCAUCACAGACAUAUACCUGUUGAACCUGGCCUUGUCUGACCUGCUUUUUGUCUUCUCUUUGCCCUUUCAAGCCUGCUACCAUCUGGACCAGUGGCUGUUUGGGACUGUGAUGUGCAAAGUGGUCUCUGGCCUUUAUUACAUUGGCUUCUUCAGCAGCAUGUUCUUCAUCACCCUCAUGAGCUUGGACAGGUACCUGGCUAUUGUCCAUGCUGUGUAUGCCAUGAAAGUGAGGACAGCCAGGAUGGGCACAGGCCUGAGCCUGGCAGUGUGGCUGGCCACUUUUCUGGCCACCAGCCCAUUGUUAGUCUUUUACCAAGUAGCCUCUGAAGAUGGCAUUCUAAAGUGUUAUUCAUUUUACAAUCAGCAGGCUUUGGAGUGGAAGAUCUUCAUCCACUUUGAAAUUAACACUGUAGGACUGCUGAUCCCAUUCACCAUCUUUAUGUUCUGCUACAUCAGCAUCCUGCGCCAGCUGAGGAGAUGCCAGAACCGCAAGAAGAUCAGAGCCAUCAUGUUGGUGCUCAUCGUGGUAGUGGCAACUUUGGUCUUCUGGGUCCCAUUCAACUUGGUCCUGUUCCUCACGUCCCUGCACAAUUUGCACAUAUUGGACGGGUGCAGCAUAAGCCAGUGGCUGAGCUAUGCCACCCAUGUCACAGAGACCAUUUCCUUCACUCACUGUUGCAUGAACCCUGUUAUCUACGCUUUUGUGGGUGAAAAGUUCAAGAAACACCUCUCAGAAAUAUUUCAGAAAUGUUACAGCCACUUCUUCGUCUACAUAGGAAGACAGAUUCCCAAGGAGGACUGGGGAAAGUCCUCCUCCUCCCACCGUUGUUCCUCCCAUUCCUCCAGCAUAGACUACAUCUUGUGAGGGAGGUGUUUUUCACAAUGCUUCUUUAAAGACAAAACAUUAGUUGGUUGGACUCUGUGGCUAGAAGGGGAACUCUCUGAACUUUGAUUACAGACACAAGAC